CGCACGGCAGAGGUUUUUGGUUAAGGUGUGAGUUGGCCGGAAGAAGUGUGGUUAGCGUGCUUAUAAUGCUAGAAUAAUAAAAAAAGACUUGAUUUAUGAACACUUAAAUAAUAUAUUUAGUACAAAUCUGUACAUAUAUACAAUAUAUAAUGUCUAAACGUAAUGGAUUCGGACCUGGUUACUUCCGUAUGCUUGAGAACGCACGACUGAUGCAGGCCCAUGAGGCUAUGGUCGACGUCAUCAGUGGAAGAUCUACACAGUGUGAUUUUGUACUUAAUGCCCUGGGAUAUGGUUGUGGACUCGGUCUCGAUUACCCUGAUCAUUUGGACGAUUAUGAGGAGUUGACUGACGAUGAGGACGAUGAUGAAUAUGACCGGCAACACAAUAGAUAUUGUGGCUUUACUCAACGCUUUCUAGAUAAAGGAGUUUCCAAACAGCUGCCUGCAAUAACACAUUAUAAAACAGUCAAGUAUCUCACACCCGAGGAGGCUGCAAAAAACGCUAAAGAACUUGUAGAUGAAGAGGAUAAACGUAAAAAAAAAUCUGAAAAGAAAAAACAGAAGAAAAUGAGGCAGCGAGAGAGACGUCGGCUAGAAAAAUUAGAAAAGGAAAAUGGGAAUAAAGAUGGUGCCAAACAGGAUGACGCUGCUGUUCCAGUUAAAUCUAAGCCUACAGAGAGAGAGUGUCAAAAUAAGAAAAAAACAAAUAACAGUGUACCUCCUGACCCGGGCCCUCAGCACAACUCUGUCACCACAGAGAGCAGUGACAGUUGUGAUGAUGAUGAUGAUGCUGAUGAUGAGAAAGAGAGCGUAGGUGAUGAACUGGAGCUUGAUAUGAGCAGCUGCUUUGUGACCAAUGCAGCAGCCAUUGCAAAACGCAAACUUGAGCAGAAACCUAAGUCUGACUGGAAAGACAAAAAAACUGAAAACUUCAGGAAGCUUGGGACUGCACAAAAAAGUACAGAAGAGCCCCAAAUUAAGAAUGUUAAUGAAAAGGAGGCAUCAGAGGAACCAGUGAAGGACAACAUUACAAAGAGCAUGGAGCUGGCAGUGAUUGGUAAUAAAUAUGCUCAAACAGGAAAUUUGGAUAUGGCUGUGAAGUAUUUUACUGAUGCUAUAAAGCACAAUCCUCAAGAAGUUAAGUUGUUUGGAAAUCGUGCCUUCUGUUAUGAGAAAAUGCAACAAUAUGAGAAGGCUUUAAUAGAUGCUGAUAUUGCUUUGUCACUGAACCCAACAUGGAUUAAAGGACUCUACAGAAAAGGGAAAGCAUUAGUUGGACUUAAGAGAUACUAUGAGGCUAGUUUGACCUAUAAGGAAGUUUUAAAGCUUGAUAGCUCCUGUACUGACGCUGCUCAGGAGCUCAUGAGGGUACAAAUAAUGCAGUUAAUGGAUAUGGGAUACACUAAAGAGCAAAGUUCAAAUGCUCUGAUCAUACAUGGAACAGUAGAAAAAGCUUUAGAAGCUCUCUCUGGUUUACAUGGUAAUAUGGCAGCUGCACAUGUGCAUGUUGAAGAAGUAAGAGUUUCUCCUGAGAGAAAUCUUCAACCUAUGAAAGUCCCAUUGAGACCAGUCCCCCAGAACCCACUUAAAGUCACCACAGCUGUACCGGCUACCCUAGAGCUGUUUCCAGUCUGGGUUGGGGAUCUAGUGCCUGCUAUAUCAGAAUUAAGACUCCAUGAGCUCUUCGGCAGAUUUGGGCCAGUCCAUAGUGUAAAAUUAUUGCCAGCAAGACGCUGUGCUUUUGUCAACUACACCAAAAAAGAGGACUGUGAGCAAGCCAUCAAACAAAUGCAUGGUUUUUGUGUAGCUGGGACUUAUCUUGUAGUUCGUUACCCUGACAGAAUCCAUACACAUCUUGGUGUAUCCAAAUCUGCAACAACAGAUGCAGGAAAAUUAAACAAGUUUCCUGAUGAGUGUUAUUUCUGGAGGACCACAGGCUGUAUCAAGAAUAAUCGGUGCUCCUACAGACACGUACCUGAACACAAGGGCAUUGAUCGUCCGAAGGUUUAGUAACAGGAGGAAAUGGAAUUGCUAACUGGGAGAUUGACAUUAAUCCAAAUGUUUCUCAUAUCGCAUUUAUUAAUGACUAUUGUUAGCUAAACAAAUAACCAAAUAAGUGGCAGUAUACACAAAGUUAUAAUCACUGUAACUGAUGAUUAACUGGCUGAAAUCAAGUUAUGCUACUUGUAGUUAAAAUUUCAUUUCUCUAGAAAGGUUCAUUUUGUGUCAUUGCUUUGAAUGAUAGCUAUUACCACCAUUAUUUCUACUAAAGGUUCAUUUUACUUUAAUUUCUAAAACCAGAAAGUAUUGGGACUUGGUUGGUACCAAAGUAGAAAAUAUUGGCUGUUCUCAAUGCACAUCUAAAAGUAUUUAAUUUAUUUGACUAUUAGACCUUGCAGAAGUACUCUUAUGAACAAUAGCUUUUUUUUUUUUUAAUAAGGUGUAAUAAACAUUAGAAAAUUUUUGCUGUA